UGCUCUUCCUCCUUUCGUUAACAUCUCGGAUUCAAACUACAACUAAUUAGGACCGUAUACAUACAUUUACCAUCGAAAAUGUUUGAUGACACGAGCGAGGAUGAAACGGGAUUGAAGACGCCAGUAGUGCUGAGGAAAGGAUCGCGAUGCAGUCGUGAUUCAGUAACUCCAUCAUCUAUCACGAGUUCAAUAAUACUCGGCCAAAUCCCAGAAGAGGUGCUCCGUGUUUGGAGUCAACUACCAGAGGCGAUACGUUUGGAUCCUAGUUUGGCAGUUUUUCAAAGAGAAUACGAUCGAGUCCAUCACACCGUGGGAGGAAGAUUCACGGAUGGAGCGAAGAAAGACUGCCUGGUGGUAAAUAUGUCUCUGGAGAAACCAUUGCCGUUGAGAUUGAAAAAUAAGGAGAACGAUGAGGAUGUUAAUAUACAAGAGGCUCAAGAAAUGAAACAGAAGCCUUUUUACCGAUAUGCCAAGCUGACUAUAUUGAGUCUCUGUUGGUUAAUAUUCAGCUUAAUAUUGGUAAUCAAAAGCGAGAAGAUCGAAUCGUUGCAUCAAAUCUCUAUACCCAGUGGGCAAAUAAAAAGUUAUAAAAUGUACGGUGAAAUCCCUAGGAAAUAUAUCAGUAUAAUGCUGGAAGGAUCGUUACUUCCUCCUGCAAAACCAAUAGAAUACGCAAAUAUAUCGGAUAGGUAUUUAAUGAUAUGGUUGGAAUUAUUGUUCAACGAGGAUAACAAUCAAUUUUUCAACGGAUACGAAGAAAUCAAGAACGUAAGCGAUAUAUGGGUUUUACCAAUACUUCCCGAAAAUCUAAUGGACAUUUUUCCCGGACAAAGGCAUCAGAAGAUAUUUAAUUUGAGAAAUAUGGAUAAGAAUAUGUUAGAGCAUGGAGAGAUAUCGAUCAAAUUGAAAACUAAUCUAGAAUCGAGUUUUGCUAUUUCCAUCAGUUAUGAUUUAUCACCUAUAGACAAAGAUGAUGGGAUAAUUUAUGCUGCGUUAAUUUUAUUGGGAUUAUAUGUGCUUAUAAUAUUCGAGAUCGUACAUAGAACUUUAGCAGCCAUGCUAGCUUCGACCAUGUCUAUCGCUGUAUUGGCAACUUUAAACGAGAGGCCAACUAUGAAUGAAUUAAUAUCUUGGAUAGACGUGGACACGUUGUUAUUGUUAUUCUCGAUGAUGAUACUUGUUGCCGUGAUCGCCGAAACGGGUAUAUUCGACUGGUUGGCAGUUUACGCUUACAAGAUUACUGGAGGAAAGUUAUGGCCGCUCGUAGGUACACUAUGUUUCUUUACAACGUUAAUUUCAUCAUUCCUAGAUAACGUUACGACAGUAUUGUUAAUGACACCGGUGACCAUCAGAUUAUGCGAAGUAAUGGAGAUAAAUCCUGUGCCGAUAUUGACAGCGAUGGUGGUUUAUUCUAAUAUCGGGGGUGCUAUGACGCCAAUAGGCGAUCCACCCAACGUAAUUAUUACAUCGAAUCACGAUGUUAUCAAUAAUGGCAUCGAUUUCAGUACGUUCACAAUACACAUGAGCAUAGGUGUGAUAUUAGUAGUGAUUGUAGUAUACGCUCAACUAAGAUUCGUCUUUCGAGAUAUGGCUGCUCUUAAAUUCGCCGAGCCCCCAGAUGUGCAGGAAUUAAGGCAUGAAAUUGCUAUUUGGCAAAGGGCCGCGGCAAGUUUGUCGAGUUAUAGUAAAGAUGAAAAUUUAGUGAGAGAAACUUUGUUGAAAAAAGUUCAACGAUUGCUCUCCCAGUUAAAAAAGAAGCUAAUGACAGGCAGCGGGACACUUGAGAGGUAUAAAACUACGCUUGAGGAACUUCAGGAAAAGUAUCCUAUCAGGGACAAAUGGCUGUUGGUAAAAUCCGGAUUUACAUUGAUCUUCGUGAUCACGUUAUUCUUUGUGCACAGUGUGCCAAAUCUGCAUUUAUCAUUGGGCUGGACCGCUCUGUUAGGUGUCCUAUUACUGUUGAUUUUAGCGGAUAGCGAGGAUUUGGAUGGUCUGAUGGCGCGCGUGGAAUGGAGCACUUUAUUAUUCUUCGCGUCUUUAUUCGUUCUUAUGGAGGCUUUGUCGCGAUUGGGUUUGAUCGCUUGGAUAGGAAAGCAAACGGAAAAGAUAAUUCUAUCCGUGAACGAGGAAUCACGAUUGGCGGUAGCUAUACUGCUAUUGCUUUGGGUGUCGGCAUUCGCGAGCACGUUCGUGGACAACGUGCCUCUUUCAACUAUGAUGAUAAGGAUCGUCACUACCUUGGCCCAAAAUAACGAAUUGAAAUUGCCCCUGCAACCAUUGGUGUGGGCAUUAGCUUUUGGCGCCUGUAUGGGAGGAAAUGGAACUUUGAUUGGAGCUACUGCUAAUGUAGUUUGCGCAGGAGUUGCGGAACAACAUGGGUACAAAUUCUCUUUUAUUCAAUUUUUCAAAGUGGGCUUUCCAAUUAUGCUGACAAGUGCUAUGACAAUAACCAUGUACUUAAUGAUCGCUCACGUCAUUUUCCAUUGGAACGGAUAAUGUAAUUAUAACGACCUAUGUUUAACAUUCUUAAAAAUAAAGUAAUGAUUGUUACAUUUCGAUGUAACGCAACGCACCGUAUAGAUUUACUU